AUGGCCGGUGUUAAAAACGAGGAAAAAAUAUCUGAUCAGUCUGCCACUGUUGAUGGUGGUGCUGACAUCAAUGCCAGUGUCGAGACCGGUGCUACUGAUUCAUCCAAUGGUGAUGUUGGUAAUGAGAAUGGAAGUACAACCACGGCUGGAGAUGACACUGAUGUUCAUCAACAGCUAACGGCUGAAGAUGCCGAGGCUGACGGGCAAUCUCAUUUAUUGAAUGGCGGCGAUAAUGAUAAUGAUGACAGUGAAGAGAAACAGAAUGAAAUGCUGGAUCCCGCUAUUACUGGUGAUAGUUCGUCUAUGGCCACUGCUGUAGCCGUAGCAGCAGCUGCUGCUGCCGCGGUUGCUGCCGCUAAUUCUCCAGAUGCCAAUGGUAAUGGUUCAUUAUCACCUAAAAGAGGUCGUAAAACUAAGAAAGCCAAGAAAGAGCUUGAUCUGGAUCUUGACCAGCAUCAACACCAACAUCAUCAUCAUGCUCAACAUCCACAUAUUCAAAUCGAAGACCAACAAAUUCUCGAUCCGGCUGAUGCUGAAGCAUUAGCUGCCUCUGCUCUUUCCCAAUCACCUCUUGAUACUCUGUCGUUAGCUGCUACUUCUGCUGCUGCCGAAACCAAGUCUCGAGGAGCUCGUGCUGGUAAUGGCAAGGCUUCUGGAAAAGGUGGACGCGGUGCUAAUAAGAAGGCCGAAUUGGAAUAUAUGAACACUGCAUCGGGAAUUAUUGAUGAGAACAUCAGUCCUGAGCUGGCUGGUGCUGGAGGAGUUGGUGUUGGCGGGGUAGAUGGUGGUCAUCAUGACGGACAUCAUCAUCAUGGUCAUGACGAGACAACACAUCCCGACCUCGUUGCCAAGAGUGAGCAACAGUUACUGGAACAAGCUAUUUCUGCUGCUGUGAUUGCUGGUAAUAAUGCUGGUCACAAUAUGGGGGGUCAUGGCAUGCAAUUACUACCCAGUAAUUUCCAAACUGCGUUUGGUGAGAACCACGUGGCAGCUGCUCAAUUGGCAUCUGCCAAUGAGCUUGAUAGUGGUCCUAUGAGUAUAGCCAGUUUGACGAAUCCCACUCCACAAGGUGGCCUUGCUUCUGCUAAUGGAGCCAAUCUUGCUGCUUCCAGUCGUAAGAAGCGACAAUGUUCGACCUGUCUCGGCUGGUUCUCGAAUCUUGCUACUCAUCGAUCCACUCACUUGGCAGACAACUCGCGACCUCACAGUUGUGAGGUUUGUGGAAGAGGGUUUGCCCGUCCCAACGAUUUGUUCCGUCACCAAAAAUCGCACCGCGACGAUGCUGCCUUCAGAUGCCCCCUGUUUGUCAAGGCCACUUUGUAUCAAAACGCUUAUGGCAAUCUCGAACCUGCAUGUCAUCAGAACGGUGGUUUUUCACGAUGCGACACGUAUAAAAACCAUCUCAAGGCUAUGCACUUUGAGUAUCCUGCCGGUACUAAGAAGCGAGACCGUCCUGGCAUGUCUGGUAAAUGUAAAGGAUGUGGUUUGGAGUUUGAAAAUGCCGACAGAUGGAUUAACGAACACAUUGAGACCCGUGAGUGUGAAGAUAUAAAGAAGCUUGACGCUCUUCGUAACAAGUUUGAUGACCCUUCAAUUGAAGCUGCUGCUGUUGCUGCUGCCGCCGCCGCUGCUGCUGUUUCCGAUGAUGCUGAUAAAGCCCUGGUCGACGCUACUCGGAAUGCUGCUGUCCAGGCUCAACAUCAUAGUCCUUCACACGCCAUUCACAACGACCACUCGGGUGUCAACGUUUCUGCUCCUGGCCCUAUUCUACCGCCAUCGUCUUCGGCCGGUCUCAGUGAAACCACCGCCUAG